UCAGAUACCGAUCAGCAGUUGGCUUUGGCAGGACACCCGAGCUCGAACGCUCCUCGUGAGGGGAUGUGCCGCCUCGCGCUGACGCCUCGUAAGGUGUUAUUGCACGAGUUAUGCCAUUAGUCGUGACAUCAUUAAGGUGAAAAGAAAGAUGCCGUAAUCUAUUAGUAAAUCACUGAAUGUUUAGUGGCAGCUUCAAGUUAAAAAAAAAAGAAAAAAAGAAAAAGUGGACCUGUUCUCGCGCGGGACAGUGGGGUGGGCCAGUCCUGCAGGAUAUGUUCCUCACCUGCUCCCGGGACUUGAAGUAACCGGAGCUCCGUGCACCUGAAGUGAAAGUGCAGGAUGAGACCAGGGGGAGAGGAGCAGGACUCGGACAUCACGUUACCGUUGUUUGUGCCGACGGCGUGAUUUACAGUUUUUGUUUGUUUGUUUAUUUGUUUUUCUUCUUCUCCCCACCAUGGAGGAGAAGUUCAACAGACUCAUCUUCAUCCCCAUCGCCGCGGUGCUCUUCUUGAUGAUCGGAUACCAGUACGUGUGCCCUGCGGACAGCAACACCUGCUACUUCCGAAGUGGCGAGAAGGGGCUGUUCCAGCGGUACUCGUCCGGGUUCGAGUUAGUUUACACGGAGCCGGAGGCGGACGAGGACCUUCCCUCCAAAAUCACGUCCAGGUUUAACUUCACGGAGCGGGACCUGGACAGACACGUCGACUUCAACAUCCGAGGAGACGAUGUGAUGGUGUUCCUGCACAUUCAGAAGACCGGCGGCACGACGUUUGGGCGGCACCUGGUCAAAAAUAUUCAGCUGGAGCAGCCCUGCGACUGCAUGCCCGGCCAGAGGAAAUGCACCUGCCACCGGCCCGGGAGAGCCGAGUCGUGGCUCUUCUCCCGGUUCUCCACCGGCUGGAGCUGCGGUUUGCACGCGGACUGGACCGAGCUCACGAGCUGUGUACCUGUGGUGAUGAACAAGAGGGACAAGAAGAGCGCGCCGACGAGCAAGAGGAAUUUCUAUUACAUCACCAUGCUUCGUGACCCUGUGUCACGCUACCUCAGCGAGUGGAAACACGUGCAGCGCGGGGCCACAUGGAAAACAGCCCUCCACAUGUGUGAUGGCCGCCCGCCCACUCAGGACGAGCUCCCCGCCUGCUACAGUGGCGAAGACUGGACAGGCGUGCCCCUGGCAGACUUCAUGAACUGCCCUUCUAACCUCGCCAACAACCGCCAAGUCCGCAUGCUGGCCGACCUCAACCUGGUGGGCUGCUACAACAUGUCCUCCAUGAACGCGCUGGAGCGAGGCCACGUGCUGCUCGCCAGCGCCAAGGCCAACCUGCGCAACAUGGCUUUCUACGGCCUGACGGAGUUCCAGCGCAAGACGCAGUACCUGUUCGAGCGGACGUUCGGCCUGCGCUUCAUCCGGGCCUUCACGCAGAUCAACAGCACGCGUGCGGCCAGCGUGGGAAUCAGCGAGAAGGUGCGGUGGCGCAUCGAGGGGCUGAACGCCCUCGACAUGGAGCUGUACGAGUACGCCAAGGAGCUGUUCCUGCGGCGCUACCAGUACAACCGGCAGAGGCAGCACCAGGAGGAGCGGCUGAGGAGGAGGCAGGAGAGGCAGCACAGGCAGCGGCUGCACAGGACCUAUCUGGCCGAGCUGUGGAGACUAGGAGGAGGAGGCGGGGGGGAGGAGGAGGAGGAAGAGGAGGAAGGCGAUUUGAAGGUGCUCAAUGAGGAAGCCACUACAGAGGACUACAGCAGUCAGGUGGUGCGGUGGUGAGGAGAACACAGGAACUAAAAACACCAAAGCACAGACCGAUCGCUGCUCGGUUCAUUGUGCUUUACUCUCCUCUCUCCAUCUCCCUCCGUCUCACCUCCGCUGUGAAUCUGCCAAAACCUCCUGCCCUCAUGGCCUCAUGACGCUUUGAUGGACCGCCGAAUGGUGUCUUAAUAUUUAUGAUGGAUGUAUUUGUCAUGGCAACAUAAACAUUUUGUAUUUAUGUUUUGUUUUUUUUCUUAUGGAACUGCAGUUGUGAAAUGUAUUUAUUCCUUAGCAGGUGCUUUGAAUGUUCUCAAAGCCGUAAAAAAAAAAAAUGUUUCUUAAAUUUCACUAAGAAUUAGUCGAACUGAAAAAAAAAGAAAAGAAAACCUUGCCUCAUGAAGAAGGCCGAUUCUAGUAUAUUUUCAAAAUGGUGAGUGACUCGAAGGAUCCUCUGUGUCAUGUUUGUGAUCUAGCGCCGUAUUGAUCAGUGAAAUCUUUGUAGUUCCUCUGUGGUGUUUGGCUUCAUAAGAAUAUCAAAGCACAAACUUGGCAAUAGUCUGCAGUGUGUUUUUCUUUCUGACUGAUUAAGCUGCGAUAUACAGAAACAAUCAAAGCAAUUUCUGGCAGGAAAUGUGUUCAAUAAAAAUAUGCAGCAUCCAGUGAUGUAAAUCUGUCCCUGAUGGACUCUCUCUCCAGUAACGCAUGUGUACACGCACGUGUUCCUGCUUUUGCUCCUUUUUUUUUUUUUCACAGCAUGUUCUCACCAUAAAAAUCUGAAAUCUUCA